AUGAGCGGCUCCUUCGAUCGCAAGCUCAGCAGCAUCCUCACCGACCUCUCCAGCUCGCUCAGCUGCCAUGCGGGCUCCAAGGACUCGCCCACCCUGCCCGAGUCCUCCGUCACCGACCUUGGCUACUACAGCGCGCCCCAGCACGACUACUACUCGGGCCAGCCCUACGGCCAGACCGUGAACCCCUACACCUACCACCACCAGUUCAAUCUCAACGGGCUCGCGGGCACGGGCGCUUAUUCGCCCAAGUCGGAAUAUACCUACGGAGCCUCCUACCGACAAUACGGCGCGUACAGGGAGCAGCCGCUGCCGGCCCAGGAUCCAGGUGAGGCCCGCGGGGAUUGGGAGAGUCGGGAGCCGGGCAAGAUCGUGGAGAGGAGGCAGACAGGAAACGCAGCCGGAUCCAGGGAGGGCAGAGGAGCAAGGAAACAGCGAAGGGCUUUACCUGGGAGGGCUUCUCUCGCUAACCAACCACCCUGUUUCCCUCCGGCCCAGGUGAAAAUCUGGUUCCAGAACCGUCGCUCCAAGUUCAAGAAGCUCUACAAGAAUGGGGAGGUGCCCCUGGAACACAGCCCCAACAACAGCGACUCUAUGGCCUGCAACUCACCACCAUCGCCUGCCCUCUGGGACACCUCUGCCCACUCCACGCCAGCCCCUGCCCGCAGCCAGCUGCCCCCGCCGCUCCCAUACAGCGCCUCCCCCAGCUACCUGGAUGACCCCACCAACUCCUGGUACCACGCCCAGAACCUGAGUGGACCACACUUACAGCAGCAGCCGCCUCAGCCGGCCACCCUGCACCAUGCCUCCCCAGGGCCCCCGCCUAACCCUGGGGCUGUGUACUGA